AGUCCCGCCCACUUGGAGGUCUCCAGACUGCAGCGAUACAUACUUGUGGUGAAACAGAACUUGAGAGGAAAAUGGCAAUGUUUUGCAGAUCAGCCGCUUCACUUUUAAAACCAGUUCACUUUUUGCCUUCAGCACUUGCAGUUGUCCGGCAAAGCAGCUCAGGUGGACAGUACCAGUAUAUACUGGUUGACAAAAAAGGUGAAAAGAAGAAUGUUGGUUUUAUACAGUUAAACAGACCAAAGGCCUUGAAUGCUCUCUGUGAUGGCCUAAUGCUCGAGGUAGGGAAGGCCUUGGACAUCUUUGAACAGGACACUGAGGUUGGUGCCGUAGUCAUCACAGGCAGUGACAAAGCUUUUGCAGCGGGUGCUGACAUCAAAGAGAUGCAGAACAAAACAUUUCAGGAAUGCAUCCUUGGCAACUUUUUGGCACACUGGAACAAAGUAGCAACGGUUAGGAAGCCAGUCAUAGCUGCUGUAAAUGGAUUUGCUCUUGGAGGAGGCUGCGAGUUGGCCAUGAUGUGUGACAUAAUCUAUGCUGGAGAAAAAGCACAGUUUGGACAGCCUGAAAUUUUGUUAGGAACCAUUCCAGGUGCUGGUGGUACCCAGAGGCUCACUCGGGCUGUGGGAAAGUCACUGGCCAUGGAGAUGGUCCUUACAGGAGACCGGAUCUCAGCGCAGGAGGCCAAACAAUCUGGUCUGGUAAGCAAAGUGUUUCCUGUGGACCAGCUGGUAUCUGAAGCAGUCAAAUGUGGAGAGAAAAUUGCAAGUAAUUCUAAGCUGAUCUCAGCCCUGGCAAAGGAAGUUGUCAAUGCAGCUUUUGAACUCACCCUGACUGAAGGCAAUCGGUUUGAGAAGAGAUUGUUCCAUGCCACUUUUGCUACAGAGGACAGAAAAGAGGGCAUGACGGCAUUUGUUGAAAAGAGGAAAGCUGAUUUCCAGGACAAGUAAAAGAUCAGAUUAGAAGUGUGUUUUGUUUUUUAAAUACACUAAUAUUUCUUUGUGAUCCAGCGCUGUUACUGAAUGACUGUGUGAUAGGUGUCAAAACUGCAGAACAUCUGUGGUUUGACAGAAGAAAUUGUAAACAUUUCUAAAUUAAAACUUUUGCUUAAUUAUUAGGACUUUUUUUUUUAAUUGAGGUAAAGAAUAAAUUCAAUACAUCUUGCAGGAGGAAAAUUGUCUUAGUCUGUACUAGAAUAAUGAAAAAAGAUCAAAUUAAUGAAAUUGUUGGGAAAUGUGGGUCAGGAUGUAUUUACUUUUUUGCACACCAGAUGGCGACAACACUAUACAGGAAUGUAGAAGUAUAGCUUGUUUCUUUUUUCCUUUAAGAAAUCUGACGAAGAGAGGGAAAAUUGAAGUUUGGCAGAUAUAUAGAUAAAUAUCUGUUCGAGUUUGUUCUGUCACCACACUUCAUUUCUUUUCAAAUAUAUUUUGAGUUUAUUAUUAUUUGUUUUAUGUUUAAUGAGCAUUUAAUUUGUCCUGUAGUUGGGGCCUGCAGACCUCUCUUUUUACAGUGAAAUAUUAUUCUGAGUUUUGGUGUUAAUUAGAAAACUUAUAAUAAAAAUUAUAAUUGGAUGAAAA